AUGCCUCAGCUGAAGUCUUCUAAGGACCAAGGUUAUUAUGAGCACCAGUAUCACACUGGUCAACAAGGAUGGAUUAGGACAGGUGAUGGCCGCGAAGGCGCGUCUUCAAAUGCCAACGGGGACAUCGGUCUGAGAGGGAUCAACAUCAGGUACACCAAGACUGAAGCCCAUUUCAGCGGCUCUUUUGCUCGAGACUCGGACGAGGAGUUGAUGAGAGGUACUGGUAUCAUGCGAACAACCAACUUCAAGGUCACACACGAUGACGAUGACCCACGGAGUGUGGCACAAUAA